AGUAUGUGGAUUACCUGGUCAUAAUCGUAAAACAUGUUCAACACGAUAUGGUGCUAUGAUCCCAUAUAAUCCUAAUAAUGCAACAAAUAUAAUAGUUAGAAAACAUCCAUCAGAAGGUAGAGCAUGUAGUCAUUGCGGAGCAUUGGGACAUACAAAUAGAAUGUGUUUUUUAAGAAGAUUUAAUCAUAAUGUUAUAAAUGUAGUUGGUAUAAGAAAAUUUAUUAAAAAAUAUUUUGAAAAUCCAAAAUCAAGAUUAACAUUUUGUAGUUGUUGUGGUGAAAUUGGUCAUAAUAAAAGAAGCUGUAGGGUAUAUGGUAGAGGUGCAGAUGCAGCUAAUUGCAUAACACAAAAUCAUUUAAGAUAUGUAAAUAUACCAUUUCAACAACAAUAUAUGAAAAUACCACAACAACCAUUUAUUUUUUAUAAUCAAAAUAUUCCUAAAAUACCAAAAAUUCCUAGAGUACCAAAAAUACCAAAAAGACCUAGAAUUCCAAAUUAUAUUGCUGCAUGUGGUUGUUGUGGUAAUGAAAAUCAUAAUCGAUAUGAUCCUCAAUGUUUACAAAAUUUACAAAAUCAAUUUCAACAACAUGAUCAAAAAUUAGUUAAUUUAAUUAGACAAUCAGAAAUCCAAUUAGAAACUAUAUUAGAUCAUAUGAAUAGAAAUAUUAACACUCAUUAUACAAGAACAAAUGAUAAUAUUUUUAAUCGUUUUAAUCAAUUAAACCAAAAAAUGAUGACAAUUGGUAAAACAUUAGAUAAUAAUGGACAAAAUAUUAAUCAAAUUGGUAAUAAUAUAAAUCUAAGACUUAAUAAUUUAGAUAGAAAUAUUAACAAUUGGUUUGGAAGAAUUAAUGAUAAUAUUAUUAAUAUGAAUCAGAGAUUUGAUAUUCUUGGUACAACAUUAAAUAAUAAUUUUGGUAAAAUAAAUACUAAUAUCGAUAAUACAAACCAACAAAUUAAUACAAAUUUUAGAGAUUUCAAUCAAAGAAUUAAUAAUUUAGAUCAAAGUAAUCAAAGACUUAAUAUUGAAUUUAAUAAUUUAUUUCAAAGAAUCAAUAACAAUAAUCAAGAGAUAGGAAAUUCUAAAAAUCGUUUUAAUGAACAAAUAGAUAAUAUUAAUCAAAAUAUUCGUAAUAUAAAUUUUAAUAAUAUACAUUUAGAUAAUUAUUUACCAAAUUUAGAAAAUUUAUACACUCAAUUAAUAACAAGAAAUAAUAACAAUUUUGAAGAAUUAUUAAAUAAUCUUCAAAAUGAUAUUAGAACUAUAAAUUUAAAUAAUGAAC